AUGUCAAAGGAUUCUUCGAUACUUAUUAUAAUAUGGCUUUUAAUUCAAUUAUUAAUUGAUGUAAAUUGCCAAGCGAAAUUUAAGUCAACAACACCACGAUACCUUCAUACCGCAACAUUUAUCAAUAAAAAAUUAUACAUCUUGGGUGGUCGAAAUGAUGAGAUGGCUAGUAUUGCCGGAAAAAAAUUUUUUUAUCUCGAUGUAACUGCCUCAUUUGAUACAAACGAAGUGUUAUGGAAUGACUUAACCGGUAAUAAUAAUGUUCCAUCACAUGAUAGUGCGACAUCUGUUACGGGCGGUAUCAACAAUAAUAGUUUGAUUUUAUUGGGAGGAAUUCCUCAAAAUGAUAAGGAAUCAAUGGAUUUGGUAUACAAAUUUGAAACAAAAACCAACUCAUGGACUCUCCCGAGAAUUUCUGAAAACAAAGUUGACAAUAUAAUUAUCAGCAUAAGUAGUUUAACGGGCAUCAUCAAUAAUGGACAAAUUUAUUUGUUCGGUGGAAAGGUAAAUAAUGAAGAUUUUAAUGAUUUACUUGUUUUAGACAUAAUAAAUUUGAGCUGGGGGAAAGCAAGUAUAGUUAAUGCGCCGACUCCAAGAUUUUAUUAUGGUGCAACUCUUUUACCAGACCAAUGCAUUAUUUAUUUAGGUGGUUAUCACGACGGACCUUUACCACUAAAUGAGAUAUAUAUAUAUGACACAAUUAAUAAUUUUUGGGCUACAACGAUAACUCGGGGAGCAAAUCCUUCUGAUAGAUAUGGAUUUUCUGUCGUUCUUGGAUUGGAUGGACGACGAAUAAUAAUUUUUGGAGGAUAUCACCUUAAAUCACUUGAUCCACAAGAUUCCCUUUAUGUAUUAGAUUUAACAAACUUUAGAUGGUACACUCCAAAAAUUUCUGGAAAGGUUCCAAGUUCCCGGAUAUUUCAUCAAGCAAACGUGAUAGAACAUUAUAUGGUUAUAUCAUUUGGAAUGGAUUAUAAUCCAAACAUCGAUAAUGAUAUUUUAUUGCUUGACAUUGGUGAUGAACAGGAAUAUAUAUGGACAAGCUCUUUUGAAGUAAAUCCGACUGUACCAGUUACAAUUGGCAUAAUUAUAGGAUCUGUAGCUGGUUGCGUUCUUUUAUUACUUGGAGGUCUUUUUAUAUAUAAACGGUAUACAAAUAAAAAGGAAAAAAAUAAAGUUGUGUUACCAACUCCUGAAGUUGUUGGAAAUAAAGACGUUAAUAGAAGAGAUAUUAAUGAUCUUAGACAUGAAAUUUUAACGGUUCCAACAGAUAAUAAUGAUGAUGGAAGAGAAAUAACAUCAAACAUCGAUUAUCAAAGAUCAGGGUCAUUACGGGACGUUGAUCUGAAAAAUUUUAAAAACGAAAUGCUUCAAAUAGUUAGACAAGAAAUUCAGCAAAAUUUGAAACAAGAUGUAGCACAGAAUAGUGAACAAGCUUCUAAUGCAAAUGUCCUAGAAAAUUUUAAAAAUGAAAUGAUUCAAGUAGUUAAACAAGAGAUGGAAACUUUAAGACAAGACGCAGCACAUGAUAGUGGACAAGAUUUAAGUGAUAAACUUAGGCGUGGCAACAACGCGAAUGAAACGACAUACAUUACCUCAAUUGACCCUUUAACCCUUUACUCGACAUUUACUAAAAGACCUCACCUUAAUUCUUUUGUUCAUCCGUUUUUAGAUUCUGCCUUAUGA